CGUUCAAGUCAAAAGUUCAGUUUGUAAAUCUAUAAUCUUUUCAUCAUGUCUGGUCGUGGUAAAGGAGGUAAAGUAAAGGGAAAGUCAAAGACCCGCUCAAACCGUGCUGGUCUCCAAUUUUCAGUGGGUCGUAUCCAUCGUAUGUUGCGUAAAGGAAACUACGCUGAACGUGUUGGUGCUGAUGCUCCAGUUUACCUUGCUGCAGUCAUGGAAUACUUGGCGGCUGAAGUUUUGGAGUUGGCUGGAAACGCUGCUCGAGACAACAAGAAAGCCAGAAUUAUCCCCCGUCAUCUUCAGUUGGCCAUCCGUAACGACGAAGAGUUAAACAAACUUCUGUCUGGAGUCACCAUCGCUCAAGGAGAUGUCUUGCCCAACAUUCAGGCCGUCCUUCUCCCCAAGAAGACUGAAAAAAGCAGCUCUUAAAUAUAAUCUUCUUGCACAUAAAAUCAAACGGCCCUUUUCAGGGCCACCAAGUCUUUCAAUACGGAGGAAAGUUUUUAGUUAAACAAUUUCAUUUAAUCAAUUUACGUCCUAAUUAUUAAGAUU